UGGUGCAGCACAGAUUCAGAGAGAGAGAGGGGCUGAAGCACGGAGACCCUGGACGGACUGUUUUUAUAUUUCCUUUCAUUGUCGACAAGUUUUCUAACUAUUUGACCGAAAAGGGUCGAGGAAAAAGCAGGCUUCGUGUCGAACAUCAACCGGUGCUUCCAGCCGUAUCGGAUAAUUAGUUGUUUUCUGAGUUUUGACAGAGGUCGUUCACUGAGCGGAACAACCGCUCCUCAGCACUGUUUGGAUUAUUAUUCGGUGGACGAGUGUUGUUCAAGGCUAAACGCGGUUUUUUUUAACAUCUUCUUUUUAAGAUUUUUCAAAAAGUUUGGACUGCUGUCAAAGCUCACUUCUUCGUGUCUUUUAGGUAUGCCUGUGGUCAACAGCUUGUCUCCGGACAGGUAACCAGGUGUGUUGCUGCUGUCAUGGCCUCGCAAACCCUGUGGCUGUUUCCUGUCUCUCUGCUCACAGUCCUGGUGGGGCUGGUGUCGUUGUCAGAGGACCAUGAGUGGCACUUUAACCCAGCUCAGUGUCGUUAUGCCCUGGGAAUGGAGGAUGGCACUAUCCCAGACUCUGCUAUCACAGCCUCCAGCGCCUGGUCUGACUCCACUGAGGCCAAACAUGGAAGGUUGAGCACUGGAGAGGGGGAUGGAGCAUGGUGUCCUGCAGGAGCAGUUUUCCCAACUGGAUCUGAAUAUUUGCAGGUUGACUUGGGUAAACUCCACUUCCUGGCUCUGGUUGGUACCCAGGGUCGUCAUGCCGAUGGGCAUGGCCAGGAGUUUGCCCGCAACUAUCGCCUCCGGUAUUCCAGAGAUGGAGUGAAAUGGAUCACCUGGAAGGAUCGUUGGGGCCAGGAAGUGGUGUCAGGGAAUGAGAACACCUAUGAUGUUGUGCUGAAAGACCUUGGCCCUCCGAUCGUGGCUCGCAUGGUGCGCUUUUACCCCCUGGCGGAUCGGGUUAUGAGUGUUUGUCUUCGGGUAGAGCUCUAUGGUUGUGUAUGGAACGAUGGGUUAAAAGCUUACACAGCUCCAGUGGGUCACGUCAUGCACUUGUCUGGCAUGCCCAUCUAUCUAAACGACUCUACCUAUGAUGGAAGCACAGAGCAAGGGAUGCAGUUUGGAGGCCUGGGUCAGCUCUGUGAUGGCGUCCUAGGAGGCGACGACUUCAUUAAAACCAAGGAGCUGAGAGUGUGGCCUGGGUAUGACUACCUGGGGUGGAGUCGGGAAGCCCUUGGGCAAGGCAGUGUGGAUAUUGAGUUCCACUUUGAGAAACCACGUGUCUUCCACAAGAUGCAGGUGCACAGUAACAACCGCCACACCCAGGGUGUGCGAGUCUUCAGCAAAGUCGAGUGCCUUUUUAAGCCUGGCAUACUCCAGCCCUGGUCUUCUCCUGCCCUCUCUUUGCCUGUGCCCCUCGAGGACCUCAAAGACCCCUCUUCACGACCUAUCUCCCUCCCACUUGGUGCCCGUCCAGCUCAGAUCCUUCGCUGUAAAUUCUUCUUUGCUGACCGAUGGCUGCUCAUCAGCGAGAUAUCCUUCCUGUCUGAGCCGUUCGAUUCAGAUGCCACAGAGACGGAUUCAUUUCCUCCGAAUCUCCCAAAGAUUCCGACCACCACUUCACCGUCUCCACCUCUUCUCAACCACACCUCCUCUCCCACAUCGGGUCACGGCUCCUCCAACGCCACCGCUGGCCCAUCUGAAACCCCUACUCCAACCACCUCCUUCUUGACGGACACCACUGGUAACUGGACGCUGUCAGAUCCAGACUAUGUCGCAAAAACUCCAAGGGCAGGACUUCCUGUAGCCAAGGACGACAGCAGUAAUACAGCUAUUCUGAUAGGCUGUCUAGUGGGCAUUAUUCUUCUGCUGCUGGCAGUGAUUGCUGUCAUUCUGUGGAGGCAGUACUGGAAAAAAAUACUAGGCAAAGCCCAGGGAAGUCUUUCCAGUGAUGAGCUGCGAGUUCACCUGUCAGUCCCCUCAGACAACGUAGUCAUCAACAACACACACAGCUACUCAAGCCGCUACCAACGCAUCCACACGUUCCCAGAUGACCGUGACCAUGAUAGAGAGGGGGAAGGAGAGUACCAAGAACCAAGUGCUCUCCUACGGCCGAGGGAUCACAGAGACAGCACAGCCUUGCUGUUAAAAAACAACCCAGCAUAUGACCUGCUCCUGUCAGAUCACAGAAAAGGCGCAAGAUCCCUGGUAGUCCCCAGCACCUCUCAGGCUCAGGAAAAGAGCCUCAAUGUGCCCCAGGCUUGUGGUUUGGACUUGGACAUGGAGAAAGGUUUCCCUCCGACUCAAGAAGAGCCCCCACCCUACCCUGGCUCCCCUCCUUACCCCUCCCUGUCUCCCCCCGUGUCUCCCCCACUGCCUCCCAGCGUUCCUCACUAUGCUGAGGCAGACAUUGUGAGCUUGCAGGGUGUCAGUGGGAACAACACCUAUGCCGUGCCUGCCUUGGCCUCCUCAAGCCCUGGGGCCGAUGCUGUGCCACUGCCAGAGCUGCCUCGUCAGUGUCUCAUCUUUAAAGAGAAACUGGGAGAAGGACAGUUUGGAGAGGUGCACUUGUGUGAAAUCGAGAACCCUCAGGACCUUCCUAACCUGGAGUUCCCUUUUAAUGUGAGAAAAGGUCGCCCUCUGCUGGUAGCAGUGAAGAUCCUGCGCCCAGAUGCCUCCAAGAAUGCCAGAAAUGACUUCCUGAAAGAGGUGAAGAUCUUGUCUCGCCUCAAGGACCCGAACAUCAUCCGUCUGCUUGGAGUUUGUGUGAGCAGUGAUCCCCUCUGCAUGGUAACUGAGUACAUGGAGUGUGGAGAUUUGAACCAGUAUCUGUCCCACCGAGUGCUUCUGGAUAAGACAGGACCAUCACACAACACGCCAACCAUCAGUUAUCCAGCCCUUAUCUCCAUGGCCAGUCAGAUCGCAUCAGGUAUGAAGUUCCUCUCCUCCCUGAACUUCGUACACCGAGAUCUGGCCACUCGUAACUGUCUAGUCGGUGGGGAGAGGGGUGAGAAUGGAGAGGAUCCGGGUGGUGAGCGUCACAUCAAAAUAGCUGAUUUUGGCAUGAGCAGGAACUUGUACGCUGGAGAUUACUACAGGAUCCAGGGCAGAGCUGUGCUGCCAAUUCGCUGGAUGGCAUGGGAGUGUAUUCUCAUGGGGAAGUUCACCACAGCCAGCGAUGUGUGGGCGUUUGGGGUCACUCUGUGGGAGAUGCUGAGCGUUUGUCAGGAGCAGCCGUACUCCAACCUCACAGAUGAACAAGUCAUUGACAAUGCAGGAGAGUUCUUCAGAGACCAGGGCAGACAGGUGUAUCUGAGUAAGCCAGCAGUGUGUCCUCAGGGUCUCUAUGAGCUCAUGUUGAGCUGCUGGAACAGAGACUGCAAGCUUCGUCCAUCCUUUGCUUACAUCCACUCCUUUCUCACUGAGGACGCCAUGAACAUGGUGUAAAGGAGAGAAGCACAGCAAGGAGAAAAGAAACUCCAUGGAGAAGGAAACAGUUUGCACGUUUGUGGAUCUUUGCUACGGAUGGAGGUUGUGGUGGAGGUGCUGCAGAGCUGAGGUGGAGGAGAAGGGAGAGUGGGUUGCUCGCUUUUAUAUUUGUACUUAUUUGGGUGGAUGGGGCUGAGACACCGCUGGUUCGGUUUAUUUCCACAUCAGACCCCUACCCCAAAACCAAAAGUAAGCUUUUGAUAGGCAACGGCCCGAGUUACAUUUCACAGUGGUGGGUGGUGGGUGCAGUCUGCAUAGGAACUUUCUCUAUUCUCAGAUUCUUAACAUGUAGGAGUGAUCGGGAUCAUAGACGGCUAGGAAAUGAACAGGUUUUAAGUUUCAGGUUUUGUUUCAUCUCACUUCAAGGGUAACGGGUGGAGGAACACACGAGCUACACAACAAGAAACUUCUGUCAACACAACACCCACACUUUUAAGUUCACACCCAAAUACAGUCUUAGUGUUCAUGUACACAAAUCCUGCUGCACACAUUGAAAUCAGUCAUUCAGUAGGAUUUCCCCAGAGUCCAGACCCUUUUACAGACAUGAAAACACACAUAAUUAUAACAAUCGGAUCAAAGUCUAUGAAAAAACAUCAGUGGGAUAGUGACCCACAUCUUCAGCUUUAACUCGGAGUAUUGUGAACUCGUGUGAAAUGAUCCUGACCAGACAACAGCAGCCCCGCCCUCUCUGCAAGUUUGCUCUCAUUAUCUGACCCCUAUUACAGUCAAAAAGCCAGAGCUGUUUUUGAACCCAUCUCUGAGCCACUGAUGGAUAAACUUUACCCCUGGUGCCAAAAGGGACUUGACGACAACAGCACAGAAAAGAAGAUCGUUCCGCCGUCAUGGAGAUGUGACCCACAAACUGGAGCGUCUUUUCUAAGCUGAGAGACAAAACCGCCUGCAGGGGCACCGGACACAAUAUCCUCAGCGCCUGCUCAGGUGUUUAAGCAAUCGUUAGUGUCCGACUGACCGAGGCAUAACGUAUAGAGGUAAAAUUCCACAACCAGCUGCACUUUAAAUCCAACAUGCAUAUCUCCGGCCAUGAUGAAACUUUUCUAUGUAAGGGCCCUGAGAUGAUUCCUGUCCUCUUGGAUUCAAAUACCUGCAAAAAUGUCAAAUAUUUGAAAAUGAAAUUUAGGACAGUCUUUCUGCCUUGUUAACCUGUCCCAAGAGGCAUUGCCAAAACCAUAAGAUGUAAAAUAUUCUUUUGAAAUGGAUUGGCACCAUCAGUGUAUCAUUAAAUGUAAAAAAGAAAUCAGUUCACUGAAUUAAGACAUGCUUUCUCCUUAAAAUUAUUUGUUUGUCUUCCAAAUGAUUUACUGUUAUAAACAGUUAUGGUAUCACUCAGACCUGAUAGGAGUGUGAAUGCCAUAAAUGUCUGUAUUAUCCCAUAUUAGUAUAUUAAGCUGACUGUGGUAGAAUCAAUCAUCUGCCUUACUGAUUGUACUGUACAGCACUGUAAAUCAGUCCAAGAUGAUCAUCAAAUUCUACAUGUUUACUGAUCGUGAAUGGUUCUGCCAUUUGAGUCAUUUUGAUACACUGUAGUUCAAUUAAACCCAUAUUUUUAUAAAUAUUCUGUAUGUACUUAGACACUCCUGUGUCUGAUUUUGUCCUUUUGUGUGUCUGAACUCGAUCAGUUAUAUUAUGUAAAUAUUUUAAGGACAGAAUUGUAAUUUCCUUUACUAAUAUAUGGAAAAGUCUUUGUUACAUUUGGGAUCUUCUGUAUCUCUGUAGAACGCUUGCUACCUUGACGCCAUUGUAAUUCAUUGUCUAUUUUUGUAGAUGUUUUAAUAAAGUUAACCUUUUCAAAUACAAGAAGAUAUGCUCUGA